UUGUACGAACGAAUCCGUACCAACGCCCGCCGCAUGCGACUCGGAAUAGGAAUCGGAUCCCCGGGCGGCAGCCCUGCUCCUCCGUCCGAUUCCUUCUCAGCUCCCGCUCCGACCAGGACCUCCCGGCCGCCCCAUAUAGCCCCCCUCCGCCGCCUGCCCUACUUGGCAGUUGAACAAACGCAGCAGCCACCGCCGCGCCGCGACGACCAUCAUAUAUCCCGCCGCCGACGGCCUCUCGCCAAGUCCCAACCUUUUUCCCAUCCCAUCCAAGGCCGCGCGAGAAAUCUCGAGCCAGCUAUGGCCGUGCCCCCGCCGCCGCCGCCGCCGCCGCCGGGCUGCGGGAGGUUCCCGCCGGUGCACUACUACGACGCCUCCGCGCGCCCGCGCCGCACCGUCGCCGCGGACCUCGACGGCACGCUGCUGGCCUCCUCGUCCGCGUUCCCCUACUACUUCCUCGUGGCGCUCGAGGCCGGCUCCUACCUCCGCGCCCUCGCGCUCCUGCUCGCCGCGCCGCUCCUGCUGCUCCUCUACACCGCCUUCUCCGAGGCCGCCGCCAUCGCGCUGCUCGUCCUCAUCACCUUCGCCGGGCUGCGCGUCCGCGACGUCGAGGCCGUCGCCCGCGGCGUCCUGCCCAGGCACUACGCCGCGGGGGUGCGCGCCGACACCUGGGCCGUCUUCCGCGGGUGCGCCGCCCGCCGGGUCGUGGUCACCGCGUCGCCGGCCGUCAUGGUGGGGGAGUUCGUGCGCGAGUUCCUCGGCGCCGAGGUCGCGGGGACCGAGCUCGAGACGUGCGCCGGGGGUGCCAGGUUCACCGGGCGGAUCAAGGCCGUCCUCGUCGGGGAGAGGAAGAGGGAGGUCGUCGAGAGGCUCUUCGCCGGCGGCGACAUGCCCGACGUCGGACUCGGCGACCGCGAGAGCGACCACGACUUCAUGGCCAUCUGCAAGGAAGCGUACAUGGUGCCGGCGGACCGGCGCGCCCCGCGCGCGGCGGCCGACUCGCUGCUGUCGCACGCCAUCUUCCACGACGGGCGGCUGGUCCGGCGGCCGGAGCCGGCGCAGGCGCUGUUCGCGCUGGCGUACCUCCCGCUGGGGUUCCUCCUGGCUCUGUUCCGCGUCUUCUUCAACCUCAUGAUCCCGGCGCGCCUCGUCCGCCACACGUACCGCUUGACGGGCAUCCGCCUCGCCGUCCGCGGGGCUCCCCCGCCGGCGCCGCGGCCGGGCGCGCCGGGGUCCCUCCUGGUGUGCAACCACCGCACGGCGCUGGACCCGAUCAUCAUCUCCGUGGCGCUGGGGCGGCCCGUGACGUGCGUGACCUACAGCGUGAGCCGGCUGUCGACGGCGGUCUCGCCGAUCCGCGCGGUGGCGCUGACGCGCGACCGGCGCGCCGACGCGGCGCGCAUGGCGGCGCUGCUGGCGGAGGGCGACGUGGUGGUGUGCCCCGAGGGGACGACGUGCCGGGAGCCGGCGCUGCUGCGCUUCUCGGCGCUGUUCGCGGAGCUCACGGACCGGGUGGUGCCGGUGGCGCUGGAGGCGCGCCAGGGGACCUACUACGGGUCCACGGCGCGCGGCUGGAAGUGGCUCGACCCCUACUUCUUCUACAUGAACCCGCGCCCCGGGUACGAGGUCACCUUCCUGCCGCCGCUGCGGCCGGAGGAGACGUGCGGCGCCGGCGGGAGGAGCGCCGUCGACGUGGCCAACCACGUGCAGCGGCUCAUCGCCAAGGAGCUCGGCUUCGAGUGCACGGCGCUCACCAGGAAGGACAAGUACAUGAAGCUCGCCGGCAACGACGGCACGGUCAGGAAGGCCAAGGCCGGCGGCAGGGAUGACGACGAUGCUGCCAAGAAGGUUGCAUGAACGAAGGAGGAACAACAUUAUUCUUGGCCGCAUGAUGGAUUGAUUGAUCGAUCGAUUGGGAACAGUGUGAGUACACGACACCGUGUUUUUUUUAAGAAAAAAGAAAGAUGAUGAUCACGAUGGUGUACAUAUCUUUUUUUUUGUCUAAUGAUGAAAGACCCUGCAGUACAUGGCAUUCUUUCAUCUCACCCAUCCAAUCCGAACCGUGCUAUCAAAUUUCAAAUUUCACGCAUUUACAAUUUGACCAUUGUAGAUAUUCGGAUCGAGCGUGAAACGAUUCAAGCAACGAUACAAAAACUGCUUGUGCCUGCCGCGUGCACCUGGAGUCCUUCCCGGUGGAGGUGCAGUGAUCUGUUGUAAAAUAAUCGGACUUGUUUUUGAGUUUCUAGAACUGAGAUAGAUAAAGGACUUUAAAGCGUA